GACGCGCGCCCGCCGGCCUUAUAGCGGCGCUCGGGGGCGCAGGACAGAGCUCGCCACCCGCCGCUGUCGCCGCAGCUCCGAGCGCCCGCGACCCCGCGUCCAGCCCCGCGUCCAGCCCCGCGUCCACCCCGCGUCCGCAGCAGCCAUGCGGGAGAUCGUGCACCUGCAGGCCGGCCAGUGCGGCAACCAGAUCGGGGCCAAGUUCUGGGAGGUGAUCAGCGACGAGCAUGGCAUCGACCCCACCGGCACCUACCACGGGGACAGUGACCUGCAGCUGGAGCGGAUCAAUGUCUACUACAACGAGGCCACGGGAGGGAAUUACGUGCCCCGAGCGGUGCUGGUGGACCUGGAGCCCGGCACCAUGGACUCCGUCCGCUCAGGCCCCUUCGGCCAGAUCUUCAGGCCCGACAACUUCGUGUUCGGCCAGUCUGGGGCUGGCAACAACUGGGCAAAGGGCCACUACACAGAGGGCGCGGAGCUGGUGGACGCCGUCCUGGACGUGGUUCGGAAGGAGGCGGAGAGCUGUGACUGUCUGCAGGGCUUCCAGCUCACACACUCGCUGGGGGGUGGCACCGGCUCGGGCAUGGGCACCCUGCUCAUCAGCAAGAUCCGCGAGGAGUUCCCUGACCGCAUCAUGAACACCUUCAGCGUGGUGCCCUCGCCCAAGGUGUCGGACACCGUGGUGGAGCCCUACAAUGCCACCCUGUCCGUGCACCAGCUGGUGGAGAACACGGAUGAGACCUACUGCAUCGACAACGAGGCCCUGUACGACAUCUGCUUCCGCACCCUCAAGCUGACCACACCCACCUACGGUGACCUCAACCACCUGGUGUCGGCCACCAUGAGCGGGGUGACCACCUGCCUGCGCUUCCCGGGCCAGCUGAACGCAGACCUGCGCAAGCUGGCGGUCAACAUGGUGCCCUUCCCGCGCUUGCACUUCUUCAUGCCAGGCUUCGCACCCCUCACCAGCCGGGGCAGCCAGCAGUACCGCGCCCUGACCGUGCCCGAGCUCACCCAGCAGAUGUUCGAUGCCAAGAACAUGAUGGCAGCCUGCGACCCGCGCCACGGCCGCUACCUGACGGUGGCCGCCGUGUUCCGGGGCCGCAUGUCCAUGAAGGAGGUGGACGAGCAGAUGCUGAGCGUGCAGAGCAAGAACAGCAGCUACUUCGUGGAGUGGAUCCCCAACAACGUCAAGACGGCCGUGUGUGACAUCCCGCCUCGCGGCCUCAAGAUGGCAGCGACCUUCAUCGGCAACAGCACGGCCAUCCAGGAGCUGUUCAAGCGCAUCUCGGAGCAGUUCACGGCCAUGUUCCGCCGCAAGGCCUUCCUGCACUGGUACACGGGCGAGGGCAUGGACGAGAUGGAGUUCACCGAGGCCGAGAGCAACAUGAACGACCUGGUGUCCGAGUACCAGCAGUACCAGGAUGCCACGGCCGAGGAGGGCGAGUUCGAGGAGGAGGCGGAGGAGGAGGUGGCCUAGGACCGGGGACAGCCCUCCCCCUGACCCUCAGCCUUCCCUAGAUGGCUGCAUCCCUGGCCUGCUUGUGACCCUGCACCCCACUCUCACCUCUGACCGCUCCCCAGCUCCUCCAUCCCCCUGAGCCCUGCUUCAUGGCCUAGUGGACUCCAUCUUUAACUUGAGAGGCCUUCUUCACCUUUGACCUCUCCAAAAAAAAAGUGCCACUAGGCACCUCUACACCUGCACGCCCUGGAUGACUUUUGACCCCUCGCCACGGGUCCCAUGAGGCCCUGGCCCCCCUCUUUUGCUGCCUGCUCUCUGACCCCCCCCACCCCACCUCCCCUCAGUCUCUCCUACUUUGGCUGAACAAGAAGAGAUCAAAGGCCUGAAGCCCCAGGAAAGAGGGGUCCCCACCGUGAACCCCACCAUCCUCCCCGCUGCCUCGCCCUCUAUAAAUAAAGAAUUGUUUGCCUGGCC